ACAUGUGAUUGACGGUUGAGAGGGCGAGUUGUAGCGUACUCUCGAAGGCGAGGUAUCACCUCGCAGGAACCAACUCCCUCCUUCCUUCUUCCUCCCACCAAAUGCCAAUUCUCUGUGAAAGCUGAAAGCUCCAACAAUUCCAAACCCCCAUUGAAGAAAUUAUUCGACCAGGGACCCAAUUGGUUGUUUGGAAACUAAGUCGUGGUGAUACGUAGUCGUUCGGCUCAGAAAGAUGGUUUAUCACUCUAGUUUCGUUGACGAUGAAGAAAUUACUAAAGCUUGUGGAUGCCCUCUUUUACCUUUGAAAACCCACAUAAAGGGACCUGCCCCGGUUUCAGAGCAAGAUAGAACGGAUAUUGUUGAUGAAGCGAUUACAUUCUUUCGAGCUAAUGUUUUCUUUAGGAACUUUGAUAUUAAGAGCUCGGCCGAUAAGCUCCUCAUUUAUUUGACAUUUUAUAUCAAUGUGGCUUUGAAGCGGCUUGAGGGUUGCAGAACCUUGGCUGAAGGAACCAAGGCCAUUAUUAAUUUGGGACUUGAAAAAGUUCCUGUUCCUGGAGAGCCAAGUUUCCCUUUCCCGGGACUUUUUCCUCUUCCUCAGUCCCAGCGGGAAGCAGAAUUGCUGAGGAAUUAUUUGAAGCAGAUACGGGAGGAAGCAAGCGGGAGAUUAUUGAGCGUUGCUUAUAGACCGAAUGGGACUCCCAACAAGUGGUGGUUGGCGUUUGCUAAAAGGAAAUUUAUGAACGUCAUUGUUCCGUCAGCCUGAGUAGAAUAGCUGCUGUUGUGGAUUCUGAACAGGCAGCAGUGUAGUGAUGUUAAGCCACCAGAUUACCUUGCACAUCGGAGACACCUCUUUCCGAAACCUACAGUGUAUACUUUCUCUUCCUCUUUCGACAGAGCCCUGUAUACGAAUAAAACACCGAUUUUUCGACAGA